AUGGCUAUUGGCCAUCACCAUAAUCAUAAUCAUACCUUGGCUACUGAGUUAGUCAUAUCCAGUGUCGACGGUGAAAGUGCCGGUAAAAGUCGGGGACAGUUGUUUGUGUCAAUACUGAUGAUGCUAUGGGACGCACACGGCUACUACUGGUACGGCUACGAAGUGGUCGGUUGGGAUCGUAUACCCCGAACAGGGCCGGCACUACUGGUCUACUAUCACGGCUGUAUAGCCAUGGAUUACAUGCUAUUGGUAACCAAAGUCCUGUUCGGGAAACAUCGGGUCAUUCAUACAGUUAGCGACAAUUUCUUGUUUAUGAUUCCCGGUUGCCGACAAUUGAUGGUCAAAUUGCGGGCACUACAGGGCCGGCCCAACGAAUGUAUACGCCAACUAAAUGCUGGCCAUUUGUUGUCGAUAGCACCGGGCGGUGUACGCGAAGGCCAGUUCGGCGACAAUCGGUAUCGACUCCUAUGGAACAAUCGCCAAGGGUUUGCACGGGUAGCCCGUGAAGCCCGGGUACCGAUAAUACCCCUGUUUACCCGUAAUCUACGCGAAUCGUUUCGAUCGGUCAAAUGGUGUCAACGGUUACUGCGGCCACUGUACGAGUGGUCGCGGCUACCGUUGGUACCGUUUUACGGCGGUUUUCCCGUCAAACUGACUACAUAUGUAGGCGAACCCAUACCGUAUGACUCCGGGGUCAGUGUCGACCAGUUAGCCCUACGGACUAAACGGGCGGUCGAGCGUCUGAUUCGGGAAAAUCAGAGAAUUCCCGGCAAUAUUUGGGACGCAAUUUGCGAUCGGUUUUAUUGA